UUGGUUUUUUGUUGUUUGUUUUUUGAUUAUAGAAGAUUUAAUAUGAAUUUUGUGGCCGCUCUUACUUGUGGUACUACUCCAGAGGUGGUGGCAUCGCGAUGUUUGAACCAGUUACUGCUUCGUUCCGAACCCCAAGGAGAGCUUUCCCUGGAGGCGGCAGCAGAUUUUAUUAAUGAACUGUUCAAAGCGAUUGGCUUGCACACCCAGAUUAGUCCACAGCAGUGUGAAACGGGAAAAGAUUUCGACUGGGAUGCAGCUGGUUGCCGCCGCUACAUAUUUCAUCGUAACUCCAUAUUUUUCAACAGUUUUGAGCUUUUUCUUAAUCAGCUAAGCAAAACAGUGCGCAAUAUACAAGCAAAAGCGGUGGAAUCUAAGGCAUUUAUACUAUAUCUCCAAUUACUGGGCGUUUGGUGUAAUUGCUGCAUGGAUUUGCAGAAACAAGACUCCGAUAUGCAAGUGAAGUUUCUCGUAGAACCAAUUGCGCGUAUUAAUUACCAGCUCUUUCUUGGUGUGCACCAAAUUAAAAGAAAAUGUGGUAUGGACUUUGGAGGAUUAGACAUAAUCAGCAGAUAUUUGCUGAAUAGUGCCUUACAUGGCUUAUAUUAUGAGGAAUGUCACCCAUAUAUAGCGGAAGGUUUAAGUAAAAUUAUAGAGCAGUAUUUUGGAACAUCCAGUGCCUUUAAUGAAGACGCAUUUCAAUUCUAUCGCCUUGUUUUUAGGUUGGGGCACCAUAAAGCAACACAUUGUGGUGUUUUUAAAAGUCUCAUACGCAUGCUGGAUAAACUUCUAAGGCAGCAAAGUGUAAGUAGCCAUCGUCAGCUUGUAAGCUUUCUUAUUGAAAAGAGUAUGCAGGAAAUUUACUACACUUUUCUAAAAUUGGAAAGAACGAAGGGCUUGCUAAAGGCCACACUCACCUUUUUAGAGAAACUGAAGCCACAUUUACUCGAUUUGGAAUGUUUAUCGCAGACGUUUCUGGAGGCAAUACUUCGACUUGCAUUGCAUAAAGAUGAAAACAUUUCAUUAACUGCAGCAGAAUUGUACAUUAAAAUUGCACGUGCCAAGACAUGCACUGACGACUAUAUACUAAAGCAUAUACUGGAGUUUUAUUUGGAAGAACAGACAAAUAUGGAAUCGAUGAUGCCUUAUGUUAAUGCUCUCUGGUCCUAUUUUCCUUAUAUGCAGUCGAUAGAAAUAUAUUUUAAGUUGUUGAAAGAUGCUGGAAACGUGCCAGAUACCAUGCAUUAUUUUGUUGCACAAUUUAUAAUAGUGGUGUACAAAAAAAUUUUGGAAUAUGACGAUUGUGAGCGUUAUGCAAAUGAAUUUAUUUGCGUUUACAAAACACUGCCUACAUUAUUCAAAGAAUCAAAUAGCGAAUGCGUCAAUGGCAUACUACUGCAAAUAUACAGCUUAUCUGAUCAAAAAAUGUUGUGUGAGCAUAAUGCUGAAUUAAAACAAUUUCUACCUAACCUUGAAGAUUACUUCAUAUCAAUAUUUAAGGGCGCUAGAAAGGUGAACUAUCUCUAUUUGUAUGCUUCAUUUGUGCAUUUUGCGCGCUCCAUUGCAAAGACAACAAAUUUCUAUAAAUUGGAUGGAUGCGGUUUACACGUCUAUGGGCAAUAUGUAGCUGCAGAGCGUGCACUUCAAGGUCUUGGUGCAGAAAACCCACCAACUGCGCAGCAAGUGGAUGACUACUGCUAUAUUUUACAAAAAAUUGGCGUUUUAUUGAAGGUAGGCUAUAACGUAUUUGAUCAGUUGGAACAUAUUAUGAAAACGCUGCAUGUGCGUCUACUCCAAACUAAACAAAUACAUAAGUUUGUUGAUAAAGAAAGUUUCAUUGAUGUAUAUGCCAUUGAUUUACUGGUGAGUGGCUGUAUUACGUUGUCACAAAAUAAAGAGUUCACAAGAUCUUCAAAAAUGUGGCUUGUGCGUGAAAUACUCGCCUUGGAAAAUUAUUUACUUAAAUUUCUAAGCAAAGCGGAGUCAAAAACUAAUGCUCAAAUGUAUCGUGUGAAAACGUAUUUUCUCUGCCUUACAAACUUAUAUUACUCAUUUCGUGAAGUUACUGACAUACCCAAGCUACCACUUAGAUUACAACCAUAUCAUGUCUUGGUUGAAACGUUGCUCUCUAGUUGUUUGCAGCGUAAACCGAAACUACAAGUUAUCAGCGAAGAAGAGUCGGAGUUUCAUCCUAAGCACAUUAUUAGCUAUCAGCGAAGUAUGUUUAACAGUUUCACGAUGCUUCACUCAACGAAGGAUAUUGAACUACCAUCGCCAGUAGCUUGGAAGUUAUGCAUGCGCUAUGGUGCGACCACACAUAAGUUCGCCGAUGAACUAUUUUCAUUUAUGCAAGCUUUAAUAAAACACCAUUCCAAAAUAUUUGCGCAUAUUUCUGCCGUAUUAAUAUACAAUUUGUACAAUCAAAAGCCACCGCUCACAAUAGACGUUAUACAGUCCGUUAUUUCUGCACAAAAGUCCUUCAUUGAUCAGCUUCCAGUAGAACAUACGCCCACCUUGCUCUGUGUUACUGUAGUCUUGCGCGUUUUGCAAUUUCUACAACAAGCCCUUAUAAAAAUACCACCCAUCACCGGCGGCAAUCGUUUGAUGGCUUUGAAGCACCUCUACCUUUACACAGAAAAUUUGAAUGUUAGCGAUGAUAAUGUGCUGCCCGAUAUUCGGGACCAAGCGAAAGCCUUGCAAAAUCACAUUUUAAAUAAUGGCGAACAAAUGUGUUUAAAGGCGUAUUUGUACAGUUUGGGUGUGAACACAGAAACCAAUGGAGGAAUAUAGGCUUAGGUUGCACACGCAACAAAGUUUUGAAAAAAGUAUAAAAUUAUCCCUUUGUUGACAAACAACUAAAAACAUUCUAGAAAUACGACGAUAUACUUACUUACCUGUAUGACAUUUAGUUUUAAGCUUUGCGGUAUUAUUUAUUUCCAUAAAUCAACCUAAUUUCCUUUUCAUUAUCAAUAUUUGUAAACAAUGAGUUAUUGCAUAUACAUAUGUACAAGAAUGUGUGCAUAAGAAAAUGAAAGGUGCAAAUUUGUAACUUUCCAAUGAAAUAUACUUAUGUACAUAUUUGCUUUAUACGCUGCUCCCUGAUAAGUUUGGAAAAGUUCACAAUUAACUGUGUUAUUAAAAAACGCGGUAAUUUCAUAAAUUUUAAUUUAUGCCCUAUAUUUAAAUAUACUUGGAAAUAAUUAUAUACUUGUCAGUUUGUUGCAAAUAAUUUGUGAUUGCUUAUCACUAAGUGACUUAUUAAUAUUAUAAGCAUAUUUAUUUAGAAUUUUCUCAAUUACGUGCACAUAGAUGUAUGUAUAUACAUACAUAUAUAUUUCAUUAUACAUAGUAUGUGCCUAAACUUUCUCCCCUGCCAACAUUUUAUAAUGAACUACCAGACCAUGUUUCCUACACCUUUCGUGUACUAGCUCAAUCAUAACACUCUAAAAUCGUCCGUUUGGUAAUAUUGUCUGUUAAUUAAUGUGCUUAUACUUACUUAGUAAAACUAUAAGGCGGAUCAUUGAAAAA